CAAACGUCGACUUCCGUGGCGUUGCGCGGGGACAGUGUUCCGUCAGUAAUUGCGAAUGCGACGGCUACGCUCGCUCACCGUCCUCCGAGGUGUGCACUUCGCAAAAUGCGACGCUCCAGUGCGGUUGGUGCUGCUACUGCGGCCACCCGCCAGUUUCUCACAGUCGUAUUGAUGACAUGGACUGUAGUCAGUUGGAACCUGCUCAGAUGAGUUUGGAAGCUGCUCAGCCACUAUCAUCCCUCCCAUUCGUAAUCGAUGGGGCAGUGAGUCUCUUGGGACAGCCUGUGUCAGGUGAUACACCAGUGGUGGAAGUGGAGAACAUCAAAACAGAGCCAGGAAUGACGCCCAAAGAAAUCCUGCAACCACAACUAGUCCAGGUGGCAGCCUCGAAGAGACGUGCUCAGCCCAUGUUUGCAGCAGUACGCUUUUUAAAGGACAAGUCAGUUGCUGUGGUGCCAUUGGACUGGAUAGAAGGAAGCAAGUGCCUGUGGCCACACCAUCUGUCACCUCAGGACAUUGCCGAGGCUGCUGAAGAUGCCGAGAUUCCAGAUUCAUCUUUUAUUCGCCGCAACAUCCACAUCCUUAGACUUGAUUCUUCAUAUGACAAGGCGCGCACCUGGUUGGCUGAGCAGGACGCAGACAAGAUUGAAGCAUCCACCACUGACGAAGGUGUGAGCCGUAGCAAGUACCCCAGGAUGGCUUUAUCUGGUGGCAGAGGUGAAGAGAGCAGGUUGAAAGACUUGCCACAUAAGCAUUCAAGCUCUGGGAGAACUGCCCACAGUGUCACGUCUACCCCGAGGAAAAAAGCCUGGAAUAUCCAACCCACAGUUAGGCUUCAGCGCCUGGCAAGCAGCAACAGGUGCAGCCAACAAACGGACACAGCGGUCGAAGGAAACCACACUGCGGACAAUUCCUGCGAAGAGGAUUCGCAGAGCCGUCGCAGCCCGUCCCUUUCGACCGUCUGCAAGUCGAGGCUUGUUACGUGCAGUGAGAGUGAAAGUGUUCCGUCACCAGAAAGGGUCGCCGACACCAGCGCCACCUUGAACAAGGACACGAGUCCAAGGUCGGAAGAGAAUGGUCACAGGCGUCGAAAAUCGAUAUGGCACUUCGAGGCCACGGAAAGGGUGGAGAUUGAGGAAGCAGAUGAAGCAGCGAAUGGCUCCAGCCUUGAGGAACAAGAUAUAAUGAGUAUUAUACUGAAAGAGCUCAAGACGAUCAGGCAGCAAAAUGAACAAAUCCUGACAGCCCUUGGUGUGACCAACCAAAAGGAAAGUAUGGCACUCGCCAAGAUGAAGCUGCCUGUAACCGACAUAGACAGCCUAGGAUGCCUUGGAAUUAAAGUUGACAACGGAUACAGUCUUUCGGGCUUGCCUUACGCACCGACUUUCACUUGUUGGAGGCCCCAGUUUGAGGGCUUUCGUAGCGGGUGUCCUUCGCUUCCUGUUCAGUGAUGCUGUGGGGCAGCAGUUCAGUAUGCUGGGCCAACGCAAGAAGAGAAGAUUGAAGGACAUGGUUAUUUACAGCGUCG